AUGCCGUGGGCGCCGUGGCAGGCGGCGGCGGGGCGGGCGCGGCCGAAGGGGAAGGCGAAGGCGCAGGCGCGGCCGGGCGGCCCGGCGGCGCCGCGCAGGCGGCCUUCCAGCGCUCCGCCUGCGCAGGGAGGCGGCACCGCGCAGGGCGGCGCAGCUGUCUCCUGCAAGGGUGCUGGCGACGCCGCCGAGGCGCCAGCGCCAACAGGACGGCACCUGGAGGUCCCCGAGCAGGACGAGCAGGACGGCCUCUGGGAGCGACCGCGGCGCACCUGCCGGCCGGCGCCGCGGCAGGAGCCUGCGGGGCGAGGCGCGCCCGGAGGCUCCCCCGGAGCUUGGGCGGCGCUCGCGGAGCCCGCCGCCGCAGCACCCGCGCGGGCGCGGCCGCUCGCCAGAGCCGAGGCCCCCGCGCCGGCGGAGGCGCCGCCAGGGGACAAGCGGGCGGGGCCGAAGCCGCACGCGCAGCCGCAGUCGCCGCCGCCGCAGCCCGCGCCGCGGCGCGCGGCACCGCCCCUACCACGCGCAGCCGGCGGACAGGCAGACCGGCCCCACUCCUGGCCCGCCGGAGGCCGGGCGCCCCUGCGAGCGGUCGCUCCGGGCGCGCGCGCCGGCCGCGGAGCGGGAGGCACCGCCGGAGCAGCCGGCGGCGGAGCCGGAGGAGCUGAGCAGCAGCUCCUACGAGUGCUCCUCCUCGGACGUCGACGCGGACGCGCCACUAGCAGCUGCAGGGGCAGCUGCUCCGGCAGCGACUCCGCCAGCGGCGGCAGCUGCGGGGGACGCCAGGGGCGCCGGCGGCGCCCUCGCCGCGCCGCCCGCGGCGCCUCCACCGGCUCCAGCGGAGGAGCGACGGGAACGGAGGCCCCGCCUGCCGGCGGCGCCGGCGGCGCAGCAGGCUCCGGCCCCCUUGGAAGGGCAACGGGUGGCGCCAGCGCCGAGCGGCUCCGCGGCGCCGGCGAAGCCUCCACCGGCUCCCGCCGCGGAAGGGCCACGGGAGAGCGCCCUGCCAGCGGCGCCGGCGACGCAGCUGGCUCCGGCCCCCCCGGGGCAACGGGCGGCGGGGCUGGGCGGCCCCGCGGCGGCGCCGUUGGCGCCUCCACCGGCCCCCGGGGGGCAACGGGAGCAGAGCGCGACAGACGCGCCCAGCGCGUACCUGGUGGCAGCCGCCCUCCGUCAGGCCAGCUGGGCUCGCUUCACGGCGACGGACCUGCCGGAGAACCGGGUGCUCCUCCUGCGCUGGGGCCCCUGAGCCCAGGCCGGGAGCUUCGAGGCGUCGCGGCAGUGGGGCUGGACAGGGGAGAGCACCCAAUCGAGUCGGAGUACGGAGCCGACUGGGCGGUGCACACCCCUGACUCGCGGUCGGCUUGGGCCGACCUGCUCGAGGACGCAGCUGGCGGUGAGGGCUCCGAGGGCGGCCACGCGGUGGCGACGCCGCCCCGGGCCGCUAGGCGGGCAGGGCGCCGCGGCGAGCGGGCGGCCGACAGGAUCCGCGCGGCGGUGAAGCCGCUCCCGGCCCUCCCUGCUACGGCAGGCCUGGGCGACGGUCUGGAGGCGGACGGAUCGCCUCGCGCAGCCGCCCAUGCCGGCGCGGCGGACGCGCCGGUCCCGGCCCCCUCGCCCGAGCGGGAGGGAGACUGGAGGCCGACGGCAUCGGCAGGGACGAGUUCCUGCAGGCGCUGCGCUUUUACCUGGACAGCUCGGGCUGGGUGGCGGCGCGCGCGCUCGCGCCGGCGCUCCACGUGA